UUUGUAACAUACAACAAUAUUAUUAAGAAUAGGAGUAUUAAACUUGAUAAAUGAUUAGAGUUUUUUUUAUUUUGUAGUUUAAAUACAAAAGAGUUAGGCCUACAAUGUUAUAAUUUUGUUUAUUUCUCAUAAUUAAUAGAGGAUCCAUUUAUUUAAUUUGAAAAAGAAUAUCCUUGUAGUGGACAAAUAUCCUGUCUAUAUAUACACACAUCCACUAUCUCCUAGUUCUUACAUCCAACGCACACAAAGAUCAUAUUCAGAAUACAAAAAAAGGCAACAAAAGAUGAACUUCCUCUCCGAUCAGGUCAAGAAAUUCUCCGACUCCAAACCGGAGGAGCCAGACCACAACAAGCCCGUCGAAGGAACCGAAACAGCCAACAGGCCAGCUUCUUCCUCCGAGCUCAUGGCUAGUUCCAAGGUUGUAGCCGAAGCUGCUCAAGCCGCCGCUCGUAACGAGUCAGACAAACUCGACAAGGCUAAAGUCGCUGGAGCCAGCGCUGAUAUCUUAGAUGCCGCCCAGAAAUACGGAAAGCUCGAUGAAAAGAGCGGCACUGGUCAGUACCUCGAGAAGGCCGAGAAGUAUCUAAACGAUUUCGAGUCCUCCCAUUCUUCCGGCGCCGCCGGUACUCCUCCCCCGGCUGCCGGUGCUCCUCCUCCGGCAAGUAAGGCUGAACCGGAAGCUAAGAAACCCGAAUAGGAGUCUGGUGGUGGGUUGGGAGGUUAUGCCAAGAUGGCUCAAGGAUUCAUGAAGUGACUGAUUGAUCUUUACUAUAUCGUUAAUUAAUAAAAUUAAAUAAGUACGUACAUUAGCGAUUAUGUUGUAUAGUUUAGUAUGGGUGAGAUAUAACUAAGUACGUUAGUAAUUAUGUUGUAUCGUUUAGUAUGGGGAGCGAAUGUAAACUAUCUUUGUUCGGUUUCAAUCUAUCUAUAUUUAUUGUGAUUA